AUGUCCAAGUUCCGCGUGGUGCAGUUGACGCAGGAGGCGCUCAAGGUGCAAUGCAAGGUGGACGACUUUGAGGAGUGGGGCGCGCCGACGCUCGACCUCCAGCAAUACCAGCGCAAGGAGGAGCUGCAACGCGCGACGGCCUUUUCCCAGCGCGGGUCCAUCUUCUGGGCGCUCGUGGAGGACAACGGGGACGCUGCCACUGAAUUGGUGCCCGGUCGGACCGUGCUGUGUUGCCACUGUGAGAGUCACCGCUUCGACUGCGCUAUGAGUCGUAGCUCUGGAGAGGUAGAGCGCGGGUAUUCGCACCACAUUGGGUCGGUCUUCACUCUACCGCAGUACCGCAAGCGCGGACUCGCGACGUUCUUCAUGAAAGAGGUGGCCAAACAGUUAGGGCAGCUUCCGGGGGCUCUGGUGUCCGUGCUGUACUCGGACAUCGGACCGACGUACUACGACAAGCUCGGGUGGAAGCUGCACCCGUCCAAGAUGGCGACGUUGGACGUGGCCCAUCCGCGCAAUGCCAAGUCCGUCAAGGAGUCCCAAGUGGAGGUGGAGUCUCUGUUUCUUGACGGCAAGCUCGACGCAUUUCUUCAGGCGGAUAACGCCAGACUGGUUGAUGACCUGUCGAGCGAGAGGUUCCAAGGGGGAGAGGCGUUUGCGGUGCUGCCGACUCGCGACUCCCUGGAGUGGCAGUUCUGCAUUGGCGUGCACUUUGCUCGGGUCCGGGCGUACGACGAGCUUCCGUCUCGUUGUGGCGUGAAGAUCGACGAGAACGCGUUCGUCAUUUGGUGCCACAACUUGAAGGAGUCGACGCUCUAUGUGGUUCGCGCUCGCUUCCCAGAGGCUGGCGAGAAUGCAGCGAAGCAGACGCAACUGUUGCUGAGUACGGCAUUGGAGGAGGUUCGCAAGUUCAAGCUCAAGAAGGUCGCGAUCUGGGAUCCGCCGUCUGCUCUGCUGCGUGAGGAAGUCCGCAGUCGCCUUGAAAUCGAGGUUGGUGAACGCGAGGACUCGCUCUCAAGCGCAAUGGUGUUUCGCCGGGGUAACGAUGGAGCGGAGGGGGACUCCGCGGCUCCACUUCCUCGCUGGCUCGGCAACGAAAAGUAUGCAUGGGUCUAG